UCGCGCUCUCGCCCGUGCGACGGAACUUCACCACCCUAGGGAAGAGAGCAGAGCCCAUCAGCAUGGCCGGGCCGCGUCCCCAGUGGCCUCGCCACGCAGCCCUUGGGCCCAAGACAGGAUGAAAGGAAGGCCCAUGGACCGCCCCGACUCAGGAGAACACCCCAGAAGGGCAGGACCCUGUGGCCCGACCCCUCCUUGAGGACUCUGGCUAGCGCGUCCUCCCGGCGAGGACCAUCCACGGCUCCCUGCCGUCUCCUGGGACCGAGAGCGACCUCGGUGGCCUUUCUGGAAGAUACAAAGUUAUGAAGAACUGGGGAGUUAUAGGCGGAAUUGCUGCUGCUCUUGCAGCAGGAAUAUAUGUCAUUUGGGGUCCCAUUACAGAAAGAAAGAAACGUAGAAAAGGGCUCGUGCCUGGCCUCGUCAACUUAGGGAACACCUGCUUCAUGAACUCCCUGCUGCAGGGCCUGUCCGCCUGCCCGGCCUUCAUCAGGUGGCUGGAGGAGUUUACCACCCAGUACACCAGGGACCAGAAGGAGCCGCCCCGGCACCAGUACUUGUCCUUGACCCUGCUGCACCUCCUGAAAGCUUUGUCCUGCCAAGAAGUUACUGAGGAAGAGGUCUUGGAUGCAAGCUGCUUGCUGGAUGUCUUAAGAAUGUAUAGGUGGCAGAUCUCUUCCUUUGAAGAACAGGAUGCUCAUGAAUUAUUCCACGUCAUUACCUCAUCACUGGAAGAUGAGCGGGACCGCCAGCCAAGGGUCACGCAUCUGUUUGACGUGCAUUCUCUGGAGCAGCAGUCAGAAAUAACUCCCAAACAGAUCACCUGCCGCACAAGAGGGUCUCCUCACCCCACGUCCAGUCACUGGAAGGCGCAGCACCCUUUUCAUGGGAGACUCACGAGCAACAUGGUCUGCAAACACUGUGAACACCAGAGUCCUGUUCGAUUUGAUACCUUUGAUAGCCUUUCACUAAGUAUUCCAGCUGCCACUUGGGGUCAUCCCCUGACCCUGGACCACUGCCUUCACCACUUCAUCUCCUCGGAAUCCGUGCGCGAUGUUGUGUGUGACAACUGUACAAAGAUUGAGGCAAAAGGAACCUUGAAUGGGGAAAAGGUGGAGCACCAGAGGACCACUUUUGUUAAACAGUUAAAACUAGGGAAGCUCCCGCAGUGUCUCUGCAUCCACCUGCAGCGGCUGAGCUGGUCCAGUCACGGCACGCCUCUGAAGCGGCACGAGCACGUGCAGUUUAAUGAGUUCCUGAUGAUGGACAUCUACAAGUACCGGCUCCUGGGCCACAGGCCCAGUCAGCACCACCCUAAACUGAAGGAGAGCCCGGGGCCUGCGCUGGAACUGCAGGACGGGCCAGCCGCCCCCAAACCAGUUCUGAAUCAGCCAGGGGCCCCCAAAACACAGAUUUUUAUGAAUGGCGCCUGUUCCCCGUCUUUGUUGCCAACCCUGCCACCCCCAUUGCCCUUUCCUCUCCCAGUUGUUCCUGACUACAGCUCCUCCACGUACCUCUUCCGGCUGAUGGCAGUGGUCGUCCACCAUGGAGACAUGCACUCUGGACACUUUGUCACUUACCGACGGUCCCCACCUUCGGCCAAGAACCCUCUGUCGACCAGUAACCAGUGGCUGUGGAUCUCCGACGACACUGUCCGCAAGGCCAGCCUGCAGGAGGUGCUGUCCUCCAGCGCGUACCUGCUGUUCUACGAGCGGGUCCUCUCCAGGGUGCAGCACCAGGGCCAGGAGUACAAGUCUGAAGAGUGACUGCCCUGGCCUGAGCUGAUGGCCUCGUCCGCGCCAUCUAGGAUAGAAGCCAGCUGUGCUGUGUGUGUCGCGCAAGCAGCCCCCCAGAGCUUGCCGCGUGUUCCGAAAGUGGGCUCCGUGGAGGAGCCCCCCCACCCCCGGCCCUGCUAGCAGCUCUGGAAGGGCCGGCAGCCGGAGAGUGUCCCUGUGUCUAGAGUGUCUUUUUACUCAUCUGAUUCAAGUAAUUAAAAGCAACCAGAUCCAGAAAGCACCUUUCUAUAUUGUAACAUGUGAGAUGUUCUCAGAGGGCAGUCACCUUCCUAAUCCUCUGACAUUUCAACAUAGAUUUUUUAUUUUUAAUAAGCAGGCCCCUAAAAAUUGUUGACAUAAUUAGUGAAAUCAUUAAAGGCAACAAUUUAGAAGAAAAAGUGCCUUUCACUUUUGAUUGCUUUUGUAGCCCAACCAUUCUGAGAAAGAGACAUGAUCUAAGAGUCCGAGAAACAGUUUUUGAAGGCCCUUUUCCUUCCAGGUCACUCAGAGGAUAUCAAAGAGCAGUUACAAGAUGCCUGAAGAGCUCCUCUCCCUCUUUGUACGCCUUUUUCUAACCUUUUGAUUCUUUCUAUGUCUUAAAGACACAUCUGCCAAGUCUCCCCGCCCUGGGCGCUCUUUCACGACUUUGUCAGUCAAUGUAAGUGAAACGCUCGUUGCUUUUCUCUUUUGUGUACAACACCAAGAGAUGUGAUCCUAGUACAUUAUGAAAACCGUGUGGCCAGCCAGACCGGAGAGCGUCUCUGUAUCUGGGCAACCCCUGUGUCUUCUGCCAUAUAGAAAACCAUUACACGAGGA